UUACUCGUACUACUAAUUCAAACUAAUUAUUUUUAUUUGAACUUCAUCCGCCUUAAUAUAAAUAAUACAUAUAUGUAUAUAUAUAUCUAUAUAUAUACACAUAAAAAAAAAUACGGGCAUUAGAGGCGCUCGUGUUUGCUCGAGACGUAACAAAGGAAUCGCACUGCCCAACGGGCUUUCUAUAUAUAUUUCUUUAUAUAUAUGUGUACAUAUAUUUAUAAAUGUGUGGUGGUGUAUUGGUGAAGUGAAAACGGCGCAGUGAACACAACAAGGCUAGCUAAAUAAAGACGGAGUCAUUUAAUAACACGGGUAUGACAAAGAAAUAAUAAUAACUGUCAUUCUGUUUUUGACAUUUACGAUCUAAUACCGAACGAUUUAAUUGACGCGAUGCCCAUGUGUCAAAGUACUCGUGAUCGUGAAAUGUGCUGAGAGGCGGAGCUGCUGCUGCUGCUGCAACUGCUGGUACUGGUACUGCUGCUCUGCUAUUUACUUGUAACUGGGACUAAAAACUAAAACUUACAACUCUGGUUCUUCAGGACAAAGAAACUCUCGAAACUAGAGACUAUAAAAGUGUCGCUUGAUGGAUCAACUGUGAUUGGUUGUGAAAGUGAAAUCAGUGUGUUGUGACAAUCCAGAGACUGUAGACAUUUCAAAGAUUUAGCUGGAAGUAUAAAUUUUUUUUUUUUUUUUUUUUUUUUUUUUUAAUUUAAUUUUAUAUUUUUUUAAAUGUUUAAAAGGAAACAAGUUUAUUUUUGUAACUUAGUUUACUUUGAAUUUUAAUUACGUGAGUUUUAUAUAUAAAUAUAUAUAUUACAUGUAUAUAUAUAUAUGACCUGACAACGUCCUUCUGGUUCUGUCACACAUUAACGGUUUACUGAUAAUAUUAUCACGCAAACGCAACAAUACGCAUUUAUUUAUUUAUUAUUAUUUUUUUUUUUUCUGAUCGAGCAGCUCGUACCCGACGACUUUUAAACACGAGUUGAGGGAAUACACGCAACUUUAAAACGUGCGUGUGUUACGAUACAUCUUGCUGGUUUUUUAUUUUGUUAUCGUAUGUAUUUACUCGCUGUGUUGAUGCGUAGUGAAUAGAGCUAGAAAAAAAAGAUAAGUUUAUAUGUGUAAGUGUUUUUGUGUGUGACAGAACAGGGGGAUAAAAAAGUUGUCAGUGUUUCCAAGUUUAAAGUGGCCUAAAGUCCCAAGUGCCGGCCGGCCGGCGCGAAAGAUUGAAAGACAAUAAGAAGAAAUAGAAUUAAAAAAUAAGUUUAAGAAGAAUAAGAGAAGGAGAAGAGUAGGAGGAAAAGGACGAGAACGAAGUUGAAGAGUAAUAGAAGUUGAGGAGAACAACGAAGCGGACGCGAGGCAGGCCGGCGGGACGGCUUCACGUUAAAUAAUACUUGGCUAAAAUAUAAUAAUAAAUAUAUUUUGUUACAUUGUUAACUUUUAAAGUUGACAACAGAGUUGUAACAAAAAAAAACUACCAGCAACAUUAAACAACUUGGAAAUAUGAGCAUUGCUGCAUUAUUGCAAGCCGCUGAGUACAUUGAACGAAGAGAAAGAGAAGCUGAGCAUGGAUAUGCAUCGACUAUGCCCAUUCCUGAUGAUCUCAGGGCGCUCUCCAAAAGGUCAAAGACGAAAAAAUCUCAGGGUAGUCGGACUACCCACAAUGAACUGGAAAAAAAUCGACGAGCGCACCUCAGAAAUUGCCUGGAAAAGUUGAAAAUAUUGGUACCUCUGGGUGCUGAAACCUCCAGACACACAACGCUUGGCUUGCUGACCAAGGCCAAAAGAUUUAUCAAGAACUUGGAAGACCGAGAACGAAAGCAUGCCGCGCACAAGGAGCAGUUGGCACGAGAACACCGAUACCUGAGGCGACGUUUCGAGCAACUAACUGGUCAGCCAAGUACCCUUGCUACAUUACGUGGAUUUCCUGGCCUUGAGGGUAAUACCUAUGGGCUGAGCACAAGUGCACCAUCCACAUCAUCAUGUAGCUCAGCAGCAGCUGCUGCUGCAGCCGCGACAGCAGCUUUGAUAUCUAAACGACGCAGUGUAUCUGAAUGCUCUGUCACCACGGUAUCGUCCACUGGUUCAGCCAGCAGUUCUCGCAAUUCUGACAGAUCAACUGGCAGCCCAUCUAUCUCAGAAUCUGAUGAAGUAGAUGUCAUCGGAUACACGAGCAAUCAGUCGGAUACUGAUGAUCACAGCAGCGUACAAAGCAGCAGUGACAGUGGCGUUGCCAUGUCUACGUCACGACUUACUCUAUCUGAAAUGAUGGACAAUCUUUAGAUGAAAAAUAAAAUGACGGAGAUCUAGUGGUAAGGGAGCAUUCCGGAAUUAUUAUUAUUGUUUUUUUAACUAUAAUAAUAAUUAUAAUGAUAAUAAUAAUAAUAUCGCGCCGAAGAAGUAGCGAUUAAUUGAAUAACAAAAAGAAAAAAAACAAAAUUAAAUAUUUAAUUAUUGGCGAAUGUCAUUGACACGCGAAUGAAUGAGGGUAUUUGUGAUUGUAAAUCAACGUUAUUUAACAUUUAUCCCACUGAUAAUUCCUCUAAAAAUAAUAUUACACAACAAUAAAUUUGUGCAAUCGUAAUUUCAACAGUUUUGUUAAUUAUGUAAACUAUUGUUUACAAUUUAAAUAUAAAAAAUAAAUAAGACGAGCUGAAUAAUCAGUGGGUUCUUUUUUUUUUUUAUCUAAAUAUAUUUUUAUUUAUGAUUUACAGACACAAAUACUUGACAGUAAUAAUUAUCAGUCGGCUCCGCGUAAACUUUUAUCUGUAUAUUAUUAAUAAUUAAUUAAUUAAAUAAUUAAUUAAUAUUUUACUGUAAAAGUAUUGUAUAUAUUUUUAAGAGAAAUGGGGAUUGGCAAGUAUAACAAGACAUGAAUUAUAAGCGCUAAUAUAUAUUAUACAGGAAUGUUGUAACAAGAUGACAGAAAAAGAAAAAAAAACAAAAAAAAAUAAUAUUAAAAAAAAAUCAUUGUCGAGGUAUCGGAUAACAAGUUACGAAAUCAACCGAGCUAAUUGAUAGGGACAAACGUCAGAUUAUCUUGACUAAAGAUAAAUAAAAAAAAAAAAUAAAAACAAAUUAAAAAACAAAAAAAUAUUAAAAACAAAACAACAAAAAAAAACAAACAAUAUGAAAGAAAACCAAAAAAAAAUUAUAAUCCAGUUUCUCCAGUAAUUCUUUUUUUUUUAAAUGUCUAUAUAUAUAUAUACAUAUAUAUAUACCAAAUCAACAGAACCUUGUUUAGUUAAUUACUAUAAAUUUAUAAACUAAUCAAAGCUUUUUAAUUAAUUUUCAAUUAGAUUUUAUGCGUGAUCUAUUUAUUAAAUUAAAUAUAUAUAUAUAUUUUUUUUUCUUUUAGUUGUCGGUUUUACCAAAGGUAUACGCGACAAGUGUAUAACGCCAGUAAAUUACUUUAAAAAAAUAAUUAUUAUUUACCGUACUCGCUCUUGGAGCUUGCAUAUAUAUAUAUUUAUAUGUAAACAUGAAUAUUUUAAUUAUAAUUAUUUGAAUAAUAUUAAAAUAUAAUAAAUAUUUAGUGAAAGAAAAAAAAAAAUUAAAUUAUCGAGGUCUGUGGCCCCUCGAAUGUUGACAGAUUGAUAAGAACAUUAAAAAAUUAACAAAGUUCAAGUGUAACGAGGCAAUAUGUUAAAAAUAAAAAAUUAAAUUAAAUACCAUAUGAAUGAUUUAACAGUAAAAAAAAAUAUAACAACAGAUAGUGUGAACACUAAUCGUUACCAAGGACACAGCUGUUAUUUAAAUUGAUAAAAAUAAUAAUAAUAAUAAUGAUAAUGAUAAAGUGUCUAUUACUCCUCGUUAAAAAUAUAUAAACACAUGAUUAAUGUGUUAAAUGUUCAAUAUCACAAGUUAUGACUCGAGGGUCCAUAAAUCUUUUAAUUUAUUAUUUAAAACCAUAAUUAUUUUUAUUUUUUAAAUAAUUAUUUUAAACAAAAACGUUUAGUUACAACUAUGUUCGUGUAAUGUUAGCGCGCAAAGGACAGGGACGCGUGUAAUUAAACAUUAACGCGUUCAUUAACAAGUAAUUAAAUACACGAAUAGUACUUUAAAAAAAAAUAAUAAUAACUAUCAUACUAUUAAGUAUUAAUUAAAUAAAUAAUAAUAUUAUUAUUGACGUGAUUAAAUGUCAUUUCAUAUUAUAAUUGAAAGAGUACAAAUUCUGUAAGAGUCCCUGUAUCAUGCGCAACCCGUGAUCUAAAAAAAUAAAUAAUGUCAUAUGUAUCUACACAUAUAUACAUAUAUUAUUACGGUGCUCUAGUAUGAGAGCAAUAAAAAAAACUGAUAUAAUAAAUUUGCAUGUAAAUGUUUUAAAUGAUUGCAUGUAAGUUAAGUUAUCAAUGUAAUGUGUGGAUGUUAAUAAUAAAUUAAUCGUGUAUUAUUAAUUAUGUUUAUUAAAACAUGAAACUCCGUGGCCACUGCGAUUGUAUUGUAAUGUAAAAAAAAUUUUGAAAUGAAAGAAAAAAAAGGAGACUGAUGAACAAAAUUAAAUGAUCUCGGAAUUUGGAUUAAGAAUAAGCUGAUGUGAAGCAAAAAAAAGUAUAUAUUAUAUUAUAUUAAUUAACUAGUAACCGAUCGCCGUCGUAACAGUGAGAGAUUGUAAUAAAAGUGUGUGAAAUAUAUGUAUACAUAUGUAUGUAUGUAUAUAUAUAUAUUUUUUUUUCGCCAUUGAGGCAAUGUGUGGUAGAGUGGUCAUAAGACUUUAAAUAAUGGUGAUCAUUGUAAGCCGAAAUAAAUAAUAAUUAACAAACAUUAAA